CUUCAUGAAGGGAUAAAGGGAAAUUUUCCUUUUCCCUCCCUCAAACUGAAGAACACAUAUGUAAAUCCUUGUUUUUCCUGCUGAGGCAGGGGAGGCCAUAGCCACAAUGCUUAACUGCAUGCAUCUAACACGGGGCUGGUUUUUACCCCAGCGCUCUGACCUAAACUGCUCAGCUCCCGGAAAUUCCAAGGAACCCGUGGCCUUAGUCCUUCAGGUGGAAUAGUGUGCGACAUGGGAAAGAAAACCAAGAGGACAGCUGACAGUUCUUCUUCAGAGGAUGAGGAGGAAUAUGUUGUGGAGAAGGUGUUAGACAGGCGUGUGGUUAAGGGGCAAGUGGAGUAUCUGCUGAAGUGGAAAGGCUUUUCUGAGGAGCACAAUACUUGGGAACCAGAGAAAAAUUUGGAUUGUCCUGAGCUAAUUUCUGAGUUUAUGAAAAAGUAUAAGAAGAUGAAGGAGGGUGAGAAUAACAAACCCAGGGAGAAGUCAGAAAGUAACAAGAGGAAAUCCAAUUUUUCAAACAGUGCUGAUGAUAUCAAAUCCAAAAAAAAGAGAGAGCAGAGCAAUGAUAUUGCUCGGGGCUUUGAGAGAGGACUGGAACCAGAAAAGAUCAUUGGGGCAACAGAUUCCUGUGGUGAUUUAAUGUUCCUAAUGAAAUGGAAAGACACAGAUGAAGCCGACUUGGUUCUUGCAAAAGAAGCUAAUGUGAAAUGUCCACAAAUUGUGAUAGCAUUUUAUGAAGAGAGACUGACGUGGCAUGCAUAUCCUGAGGAUGCGGAAAACAAAGAGAAAGAAACCUCAAAGAGCUAAAGGACGGGUGGUCUCUGUCAUUUCUCUUUGUACAUAAUACAUUCGCCUCCCUGCCUUUCCCUUCUGCCCACCCUCUUCUAUCCUAAACACAUCCAUAAAAAAAAUGUGCUUAUCACUGUGCUCCACAGGAGAAAUGUUGGUAUUGGUUCUCUUGUAACAUAACUGAUGGUCUGAUUCAUGAUAAGUGUCUUUCUGUGAAGACCAGGCAUUUACAUACUGUGUGUAAUUCCCAUUGCCCUUAUCUCUUCCUUCUGCUCCCCUGUGACCUCAAGAUAAGUUUUAACUUUUUAAUCACCUUAAGAGUCUUGAUCUUUUCAGGGUUGGUUGCUUUUUAGAUCGGGGGAUUUUAUUACAAUGAUGAUGAAUUUUGGUUUCUUGCUUUGUUUCUUAGAAUAUGUUGAUGACCAGCUGGCCUUUAUUUUGACAUGUUGGGAUGGAAAGAAUAUUGCCCAUCUUUUAAAAAGCUAAUAGCAACUGCCUACCUGUUGGGGCUUUCCCAACCUUCUUUAGCUCUACCCAGGAGAAUGCAGGGUCCCUGAUGUGGUCUUCUUCUGGGCUACCCUCUGUUGUUCAUCCUCACCCAUCCUCCCAGAAUAACUCCGUCCUUUGGAGGACUUGAAAUUUUAUGUUGAAAUUUAUCAAGGCCCUCCUUUUAGCCCUAGGAUUUUUGGCCUUGUUCUUAGUAAUCCCUGAUUCUCCUUCUGUAAGUUUGUCAUAAAAUGACAAGAUUAUUAACUAUGGGACAGGAGGAUAUGGGGUAGGGGCAAGAAACAGUUGUCUUUAUCAUGUAUUAUGUGUACGUAUUCUUUCCUUCCAUCCCUGAUAUUUAGACUGUAUUUAUGUAGGUGUGAGUGAUUGCCUGGUGCUUGCUUGUGCCAAGGUGCUAGGCACCCUCCAACCCUGCCAACUUUUGUGGCCUCCCAAAGCAUUCCUGUUACCAAAGAGGCUUCAAACCUGACUCUCUCUUCUCAAUGGAACUAUGUUGCCCUUCCAUGUCAUUAUUUUCAGUGGGGAAUUAUUGGAGGGGAGCCAUUGGCCACAGUAUCAAUUUUAAAUUUUCAUUAACAAUUAUAUAUAUGUUUACUGCUUUUUUUGACUCCUGGAUUUGCCAACAGAGUCCACAAAGUAUUAAUGCUCUUCUCCUUUUCCAUCCUCAAAUUUUAUUUGAAUCUUAUUUUUUAAAACCCAUGUUCAUGGAAAACUAUCACCUCAGAAAGUGGCAGGUCCUUGCAUUAGCAUGUCGACACAACCUUUACUCCCUACUCAGCCAAAUAGUUCCCUUUUGGUUUCCUCUUGCUUUGCUAUUGAGAGAUUUUUUUCCUGAUCAUAUCCUUCUGCCUUUGUCCCCCAAACAAUGCCCUACUUCCCUUUAUCCUUUUCUUGUAAUUGAGGGCUAGAGAAUCAGGACUAAACAUAAGGAAGUAGCAGGGUUUGAGCAUCCUUGUCCCAGCCUCAAAGCUGAGGAAAUAAGAAUAAAUGCUUGAAGUAGCCUUAAUUCUAGAGUUUGCCAGCCAUUGAGGCUGUUUUUGUUGUUGUUUUUGAUUUUUAAAACACAUAGCUGUCUGGCCAGGAGCAUUCAGCCAUUGCUAGAUUAUUCAUAGUAAUGAGGGGAAUGGUGGAUUGCUCCAGUCCACAGAUGAGCCAAAUAAUAUGCAAAUCAUAUACCCAUUCAUAGCAUUUGUUACAUUGCUUCCCUGCUCAGCUGCUGAUUGAAUUCUAUAUGCUUGUAUAAAUUAUGUCAAAAAUUAUACUGCACCGUUGAGAAGACAGCUGUUGCUACAGUGACAGGACAGACUGGAACAAUGGAGCUUUUGGUUUAAGUCAGCCAGGAAAAUCUUUCUGAAUGGUAAUGUGAUUGGGGGAGAGCUCAUAACCCAUACCUCAUGUGGGUAGGAGUUUUUAUCUCCAUAUUCCUUUGCUCUAUGAAGGAUUUAAAGGCCGGAUCAAGUGGUAGAUCAUUGACAGUCAUUUGUAUUUAAUCUGAUGGGCAUCAGCAAGAAAAGAAGGAUAGUCAGAAAACAGAUUUUUCGUACAAGUAACAUAGGAUAUCAGGGUAGGUAAGAAAAGGGCAAAAGAUGUCCAGAGCUCCUGAGGAGGGUAUCACCCAGAUCACUUUGACUGACUGCUGGAGAAAAUGCUAACCUACCUAAGUAACCAGUGCAUGCCUCCCAGUGAUAGUGGUUAUAUGAACUGCAAUGACCAUGUUUUUAAAAUCAAAUCUAGCACAUGGACAAGGAAAACAGCAAUAUUUGGUACUGAGAUUAGUCCUUGAAACCAGGUACACGAUGUUUUGCUGUGGCUAUAGGUAAUGUUGAACACAUUUAUCAAAGUCUGAAUUUCCUUUACCAAAAUGACCCUAGUGUCAUCUGUUACUCAUCACCCCUUUAAUUCUCUUCAUUUCAUCUUUUUCUGUCUUCAGUUUAUAGAAUCAUGGUUUUCUGAGUUACCAUCAAAACAACUUUUGUUCUCUCCUUGCUACUCACAGCUGGUUGUGUGGCAUGUAGGGAACCAGAGCACCAAUACUAAUUUCAGCCCUUAGCACAAAGGAAACCAGAUGCCUGCCAGUGCCUCCAGCAUUUGUUGGUGCUGGGUAGUUGUUCUCUCCAUUGGAGAAUUGCAGCCUCAAACAAAUCUGUUUCAUGGAACUUUCUCCUCUCUGAGGAGUUUGUAGCCAUGGGUGAAGCACCCCCUUCCCCUUACUGAGGAUUGAACCCAGGGGUGCUCACCACUGAGCUACAUCCCUAGAUCUUUUUAUUUUAUUUUGAGAUAGGGUCUUGCCAAGUUGCCCAGGCUGGCCUCCAACUUGGAAUCCUGUCUCAGCCUCCCAGGUAACUGGGAUUACAGGUGUGCUGUUGCACCCAGUUUGCAAAGAAAACACUCUUAAAUGCGUAGGUCUCAGGUGCUCACGGUAUAUUUUUCCUGUGUUCAGUUCUCUUUCAAAACAUCAUUCUAAUGCUGAAUUUCUUCCAAUAAUCAGCAGUAAGCGAUAUCCCUUUCUACAGAGUUUAACAGAGCUUUUUGGAGUAGAGUCUACCAGGGACAGCUUAGCAGGUCUUCUGAUUCCCAGGACUGCACAAAUGGCUCUCAGGUUAAAGUCCACUACUGGGAAGGUCAGCCUGGAGGGAGGGCAGUGCCCAUUUUAAACCUGGAGAGAGCCAUAUUAUUAUUUUUUUUUCCUUGUUCAAACGGGCUCUCAGGAACAUUUGAACCUGUGGUGCUCCCAGCACUAACAACUCUAGAUGGUCCUUGGCUGUCCCCCAACCAUAUCUGCAUACUUUUGGUUGUUGAAGGGUUGGUCCUAUUCCCACAACCCAGGCAGUUAUUAUUCUUAAUUCUUUUUAUUCCUGUUCUGGAACUACCUGUUGUCUGUUUUCUUUGCAUUCAGUCCAAAUCACAGGGCACUGGGAAAGGUUUUAGGACUUCGUCUUGAGUUUUUAUUGGGCCUGUGCUUUAAUCCAGCUCACUAAGGAACAGUGAAGGAGCAGCAUUUAGACUGAGGAAUCAUUGUCUCCAGCACUAGGGUUCAAAUUUGAGGGUGUAAAACACUACUUUGUGAGGGUGUGAGAGCCCCAUUAGAGCUGAAUUGAAAAAUCUCAGAUGGGCUAAAAAAAAGGAUUUAUGACCCCAUCCCUUUGGUUUAGAUUUUUAGAGUCAAAGUUAGGGUUAUUUACAGUCUUAACUUACAGUCUAACACAGUAUAGACUUGAGGUCUGUACUUUUAUAAUUGAAUCAUCAGGCAUGUCUGUACCAAGGCAGAGAGGAAAGGUCUGGAGCCACUGUUUGACAUUGGCUUCACCCUCUAAUGAAGAUUAUGUUUUCAAAAACAGAUGUUGUCCAGCCUUACACACAAAGGCAUAUGCUCUGAAUUGGGUGCCCCAAGUUUUGCAUUGAGCUGUCUGAAUUUUCGCCAUGUUAAUGUACAUCAACUUUGGUGAUUUCAUUCAACAAACAUUUUUUGGCCUGGGGAUACCAAGUUCAAAAAGGGGCCAUCCUUCUACACUCAAGAGAAUUUUCAUAUUGGUAUGGGAUGAACUGAUCAUUAAUAAUUUUGUAUAGUAAAGAUUACAAGUGGGGGCUGGGGUUGUAGCUCAGUGGUAGAGCGCUUGCCUAGCAUGUGUGAGGCACUGGGUUCGAUUCUCAGCACCACACCAACAACUAAUCAAAUAUUUUUUUAAAAAAAGAUAACAAGUGGGUAUAAAGUUCUGGUUUAGGGGCAGAGACAGCUGACUGAUGUGGUGUAGUUUUGAGCUCUAGAGUAGGAAGGUGACAUUAAUUAGUUCAUAUGUGGAAAAGACCUAUGGCCUUGGAUGAACUGAGCUAAUUGGCCAUGGAACACAGCAAAAUUGUUUUCCAGAAAAUAAACAAAGCUGAGUUAAAAAUGCUGUCAUUAUGGAGAGAGAAAACAGAUGAGUGGGUAUAGAGGACCCCUGAUUUGAGUCCCUGGCUUGUCCUCUGCCAAAGUAUUCAGUGAUGUAGUUAGUUCUUGCUUGUGGAAAGCAUCAGCGAUGUUACGUAUCCAGUUGUUUGUAGAUUCUGUAACGCUGUUCUUCAUGGACAUGUUAUCAAAGUUGCUCAUGCAUAUUUCAGUUUCUUAUCCCUUUUGGAGGAGUGAACAUGAGGUGGGCUUUAAGCUUAAAAUGUACUAUCUCUUGAGAAGAUUUGUUUUAAAAAAAAAAAAAAAAAAAGCUGGGGGCACAUCUCUUAAUACCUGAGCAUAUACCUCGGGGUAGUACAGUUUUAUUCAAGUAUAGCAGGAGAGUGAUUUCUCACUUAUGUCAAUUAUGUGGUAACCUUUCCCAAAAAUACACAUAACCUGGAGUCUCAAAUGAGUCUAGGAUGAAUCCUAACCCAGUUAUGAAAUAGUGUAAUCCUAAGAAAUUGUCCAUUCUAACUCACAUGCUCAUAAGAAGAAAUUUAGCUCUGACUGGAUUAGCAAGAGUAAAAGAGCUUUGGAAGUCAGAAUUCCCAGGAUUUAGACUAAUUACUGGAAAGUUAAGUGUGAAGUUCUUUGGAUAGCUUCAUAAAAACAAUUUGUUUCAUUUUGCUUGUGCUGGAUUUCUUGAAUUUUAAUCUACCUCAUCUUGUCUUUAGUUACUUCUGUCUGUCAUUGCUACUUGAACAUCAUGUUUGACUGGUUGUUUUCUAAGGUGACAUUUUCCUAUCUGGUAGUUCCUUUUCUUCUGGUCCUCAUUUCACCUAGCAUCAUCUCACAUUGCUUCUCUGUCAAAAGAAAUGUUUUAAAAUAGUUUAAAGUCUUGUUUUAUGGGAAGAAGUGAUCCUUCAGUGCGGUUUGUCUCUGAGGUCAGUAAGAGAGGAGUUAAAACAAGGUGGUGGGGGAGGGACAGAUCCUGCACUGGAGGCAAAAGCUGACAAGGAAAGAGCCAUUAAUUAAGACAAUUUCAAAGUCAACUGAUUGUGAUCAUUAAUGUCAUAAUAGAUCAAAACCUAAUUAUCACAGUCUAGGUAAGAGCCAUCAGUAUUAAUCGGAAAAUCUAAUAGGAAACUAUUAUCAAGAAAUUAGGCCAAAUUGAAUGCAAUGAACUUUUUAUCUUGUCAUUCUCUAUUUUGUGUGUGUGAUGUCCCUUGGCAUUGACAGGUAUGACCCUGACAGCUGAUCCAAGUCCAAAUGGUCAGCUCAUUACCUUUUUUUUAAGGAGUGUAUUUUGGGGGGGUUGGGGACAGUUAAAACUGAACCCAAACUGUCAUUGCUGAAGAUCAGUCUUGAUCUUGUCAUUUGGAUUUGUCCACUGUGAUCAGCCAUCAGUAGAAAAAGUUUAUAUUUAAAGUCUUCAAUGGUUCCUGGAACUAUAGUGUCCCUGAUGAAUAUGGUACUGUGUUGAUAAUUUUUUUAGCUUCUGUUGCAUGUAGAAGGUCCUGCUGCACUAGCUGCUGUGAGGGACAUGAAAAAAAGCAAGGUAUUUGUCUGGAAAUUAUUUGAGAUCACCCGAAAUGAUAGUUCCUGUGUCAGCAUUCUCAAGGCUCAAGUCAGUGUUUUCCAGUUUCUGGUAGCUUUAGGAUUUGAUUCUAAAACAGGGCUGGCUGGGGUUUGGUACCCUCCUGCCCCCCAACCCCUUGUCCUAGUUUUGGGGUAAGGAACAUAAUGGUUUCUACCAGAACUCAGAAUAAAACCAAAGUGGGUGGGGAAUGCAUCAAAUGUUUUUUUGUCCGUGGGUUUUCUGUUUUGUUUUUUGCCUUUUGCGUUAAAGAGCUAUGGUUCUGGCAGGAGGCAAGAAUUUUACAAGAGUGUAUAUGACGAGUUAUAGAGGUCACCGUUUAUAUUCUUAAUCUUAAGCUGUUUAUGCAGUCCUGGGUUUGAGCUGAGGCAGAGAGGUUGGGAAAUGAUGCCCUCUGGGUUGGUGGGGAGGGGUGUGCAGCAGCUGGAGGCUGGUUGGUGGUGCUGGGCUUCUGCGCUGUGUGAUAAGUAGCCCUAGGAGACUCCAUCAAGUCCACCAGUGGGUUAAGGUUUUUCUUGUGCCUACCUGAGAAUGGUCUUGUUUCUUUCUGGAUUUUAGGAAUUUGGGUUAUUCAGUACAAAACCUUGAGAAAUCAUUGUGACUUAGCUCUUCACGUCUUAAGAUUUUUUUCCCCCAAAGGAAUUCAUGUCUUUAGUGUUUAAAAUGUAAUUUUAUUUUCCACUAACAUAAUUUUCAGAAGCAGAUGGUUUCUUUUAGGUUCCUCACAUUAUACUAGAUAAAUAAUAAACCCUUAGUUAAUAAUUGUGGGUUGAUUGAGCUCAUCUCAUUUGCAGAGUGAGGUGUACCUAUCAACUUCCUUUUGCUCCCAAGUGUACCUGAGAAGUAGAAUACUCUUAAGCAGAAGAUGAAUUGAGUGGAUGCUAACUGUGUGUGCCAACCUCUUCAACUGAUUUAAUAAUGGCUGACCUUGGGCAAGUCAUUCCUUUCAAUGCCUCAGUUCCCCAUCUGUCAAAUGGGGGUAAUAAUACUGACCUACCUCACAGGGGUGUUGUGAGGCAUUGUGAAUCAAAGUUGAUAGAAUACUUUAGGUUCCUCUGUGGAGGAUUUCUUGAGCCGAAGUGUAAGCCUGAUGCAGGCUUUUAGUCCUCACUGAGCUGUCUCCAAGUUUGGAACUACUUAGUGACCUCGGCAAACUCUCUGCCCCCUACCCCUCAUCAAAGCUGCUAGUUCAGAUGUUGACAGUGUUUUCUUGAAUGUUGGAGUCUUAAUAGUCCAGACUUAUUUAGGAUGUUAUGGGGGGAAGGCACUAGUAUCUCCUCUGUCUUGCAUUCACAGAGAGGCUUUGGAUUAGGGAAUCAUGAGGGAGGGGUGCUACUGCUUGUUUUUCUUUUCAGGUUGGGAAUUAAGAUUCCUUUACCUAUGGAUUUGGAGCCAACAGACUGUUUCCGGAGGGUCUCAGUGGUUUUGACUUCUAUCACUUUUAAUUCCCCCCAAAUGAUCCCAGGACUGCUAGGUCACUGUACCCUUACAUGCUCCUAAGCCUCCUCCACGUCAUAGGAACCAGAUGGUUCAAUAAAUGUUACCACCUCCUCAUUCUCCACCAGAAAGAGCUACAUUGGAGGGGUUUUUUUCCCCCCAGAAAUAUGUGUAAUGCUUAGAAUUGGGCAUUGAUCCUUAAGACUUACAUCUGAUUUACUGUAUUUAGUAUUUGUCAUCUCUUUCUCAAUGUCCACAAUCUGAACCUGACCUUGACCUUUUUUCCCCCUUUGGUUUGAGAAAACCUUGGAAACCAUUUCUAUUGCCCAGGUAUGGGAUCAAGAAUGUCCUCUUUCCAUUUCAUUUUAGGGGCUCUGCCAGCUCCUCUUCCCAAUAGGGCUGUUUCUCCUUUCCCUUCCUUAGUCCUAAAUUGGUAACCCAUGAAAAAGCACAAUGUCCUGGCUCCUUGCAGUCACAUUCCAGUUCUCUGUGUUUUGUGGACUCUGCUCCCGCUGUUCACCCAGUACUGGGGGUACUGGAGGGUUCUGUGGAGUCCUGGAGGAUGGAGAGAGCACAGUCUGACAUCCUGCCAAGUAGCCAGGAGUUGAUUUGCCCAUGGCCUGCUGGCCUUCCACCACUUCCCACGGGAUGGGAUCUAAGAAACUCAAGAGGCUGGGUUCCUUCCAGCACUGCACCAUCCUGAGUAGUAAAGUCACACUUUGUAGCCAGAUUUCUGAAUGGAAAUGAGGCAUUGAAUUCUCUAUGGACUUUUUGGUUUGUGGGGGAGUUUUGGUUGUGUUUUUUAGUUUUAUUUCAGCCAAACAUGUCUGCUUUUGAUUUUUUUUUUUUAAAGGAUAAGUGAUCUAUAUGUAUGUUUGCCUCUUAUAUGUAAAUGUUUAAAAGUAGGCAUUUAUGUGUUUCCACAACUGACAUCUGAUUCAGACCUCAUUCUCUCCCCCUCUUCCACCCUCUUUUCCCUCUUUUCAUACUCUUGUAUUGGUUCUAAUAAAUGGUUGCUUUUCAAAUAUG